AAAGGAAUGCUCUGUCUUUCCUGUACCAGGUAAUUGACUUGGGCGGAGAGCCGAUCAAAGGCAGUGACUACUUUGGAAAUGGCCGAGUGACAGAAUUCAAAUACGGUGCAAAACUGGGGACGGUGAUCCGCAAGUGGAACGGAGAAAAGAUGGCCUACUUAAAGAACUGGGGAGAAGGCUGGGGCUUUGUGCCUUCCGACAGAGCCCUGGUCUUUGUGGAUAAUCACGACAACCAGCGGGGCCAUGGGGCCGGUGGAGCUUCCAUUUUAACCUUCUGGGACCCCAGGCUUUAUAAAAUGGCAGUCGGUUUCAUGCUUGCUCAUCCGUAUGGGUUCACACGUGUGAUGUCAAGUUUUCGCUGGCCAAGAUCUUUUGUAAAUGGACGGGACGUCAAUGACUGGAUUGGACCACCAAGUAACUCGGAUGGAUCAACAAAGCCUGUUACAAUCAAUGCAGACACUACCUGUGGCAACGACUGGGUUUGUGAACAUCGCUGGCGUCAAAUAAAGAACAUGGUUAUCUUCCGUAAUGUGGUAGACGGUCAGCCUUUCUCCAACUGGUGGGACAACGGCAGCAAUCAAGUAGCUUUUGGCCGUGGUAAUAAAGGCUUCAUCGUUUUCAAUAAUGAUGACUGGAAUAUGAAUGUCAAUUUGCAAACUGGACUGCCUGCUGGUACCUACUGUGAUGUUAUUUCUGGACAAAAGGAGGGCAACAAAUGUACUGGAAAACAGGUGUAUGUUUCUGGCGAUGGAGUGGCUAAUUUCCAGAUUAGUAACAAUGCUGAAGAUCCAUUUGUUGCAAUUCACAUUAAUGCCAAGUGGUAG